AUGCAGGCCCUGCGUACCUUGACCUCUUCCGCGCGCGCCCUGCGCCCGCGCACCGCCGCCAAGGCGGCCGCCUCCACGCGCGCCUUCGCCACGGACAAGCGCUACACGCCCGUGAACGAGGUGCCCGCCAGCGUCUUGGAGAACGUCAAGUCGGACACGAUCUUCUCGCCGGGCUUCGCUGUGCGCGGCGAGCACGCGCCCAUCAAGGGCGCCAAGCCCGCGUACCUGGACGUGCAGGCCACGUCGCCCAUGGACCCGCGCGUGCUGGACGCCAUGCUGCCGUACAUGACGUACGCGUACGGCAACCCGCACUCGACGACGCACGAGUUCGGCUGGGACGCCGACAAGGCCGUGGAGCACGCGCGCGGCAGCGUGGCCAGCCUCAUCGGCGCCAACUCGAAGGAGAUCAUCUUCACGUCGGGCGCCACGGAGUGCAACAACGCCAUCCUCAAGGGCAUCGCCCACUUCACCAAGGCCAAGAAGAAGCACAUCAUCACCACGCAGAUCGAGCACAAGUGCGUGCUGGACUCGUGCCGCGUGCUCGAGACCGAGGGCUUCGAGGUCACGUACCUGCCCGUGGGCGAGAACGGCCUUGUGGACCUGGAGCAGCUGAAGGCCGCGAUCCGCCCCGAUACGGCGCUGGUGUCCAUCAUCGCCGUGCACAACGAGAUCGGCGUGCUGCAGCCGCUCAAGGAGAUCGGCCAGAUCUGCCGCGAGCGCAAGGUCUUCUUCCACACGGACGCCGCGCAGAUGCUCGGCAAGCUGCCCAUUGAUGUCAACGAGAUGAACAUCGACGUCAUGUCCAUGUCGGGCCACAAGGUCUACGGCCCUAAGGGCGUUGGCGCCAUGUACGUGCGUCGCCGCCCGCGCGUUCGUCUUGAGCCCAUUAUCUCUGGCGGCGGCCAGGAGCGCGGUCUGCGUAGUGGCACCCUUGCGACCCCGCUGGUCGUGGGCUUCGGCAAGGCGUGCGAAGUCGCCGCGCUGGAGAUGGAGAACGACCACCGAUGGGUGAGCUACCUCUCGGACAAGCUGUACCACGGCAUCACGGACCGCAUCGAGCACGUGGUGCUCAACGGCGACCUGGAGAAGCGCUACCCGGGCAAUCUCAACCUGUCGUUCGCCUACGUGGAGGGCGAGAGUCUGCUCAUGGCGCUCAAGAACAUCGCCGUGUCCUCGGGCAGCGCGUGCACGAGCGCGUCGCUGGAGCCGUCGUACGUGCUGCGCGCCAUCGGCGUGGGCGAGGACCUGGCGCACACGUCCAUCCGCUUCGGCAUCGGCCGCUUCACGACGGAGGAGGAGAUCGACUACGCCGUGGACCUGUGCGUCAAGCACGUCACGCGUCUGCGCGAGAUGAGCCCCCUGUGGGAAAUGGUGCAGGAGGGCAUCGACCCCAACACGAUCCAGUGGAGCCAGGACGCGCACUAAGCGCAACGGACGGACGGACAGAUACAGGCAGCUGGCGAGCGAGUUGCAGGCGAGAAGAGAUAGCCAGCAGAGCGAAAACGGCGAGAAUACAGCACAGACACCGAAUCCAGCUAAUAAACCUCUAGGACGUUU